AUGGAGACGGCGGCACUCUCCCGCCGGGAGCAGCUCGAGCAGUGGAAGCUGGCCCGAGCGAAGAAGAAGGCCGAGGAGGCCGAGAAGCGUAAGGCGCGCAUGAAGCGGACAAACGAGCUGCGGAAGCGAACAGAAGCGCUCAAGGCGCUUACCGAGUCUGCCAAGAAGCAGAGGCGGGCUGGCGGUGGUGGCCUGCAGGCGACCAAAUCGGCAAGAAAGGCGCCCGCUGCCGCCCUCUCGCCGCUCGCUGAUCGUAAUGGUGGCUUGGUCGCCGGCGCUGUCACGCCCAUGCGCCAGCCGGUCUUUGAUGCCAGCCGCUCGCUUGGCGCUCGCAUCUCGCAGCCGCGCGAGGCGCGCCGCAACAAGCGGGCGCCUGCUGCCGAUGACCUCGCCCCCGCUGGCCAUGUGCCAACUACCUUUGGCAUGUCGCGCAAGCCGGCGCGCCCGGCUACUCGUGCCCCGGCGGCGCGUGCUGCUCCAGUCGCUCGUGCGCCGCCGACCCCCUCUCGCAUGCACAUCCCGACCUUUGCGGACGAGCUCUCUACCAAGCCGGCGGCAGAGGCCACGCCUGCCUCGGCCCCCACGCCUGCGCUAUCGCCUGCGCCCGCGCCUCCUGCAGCUGCGGCUGUGGCUGCUGUGACUGCAACUUCUGCGUCCAGCGAGUCGACGCCCCAGCGUCGCGGCCCGACCCAGCCAGGCGGAUCGGUGGUGAAGCGCGCGCUGUCGGACGUUACCAACUCGGUCGGUAAGCACCGUGGCUUUGCGCCUCUGCACAAGAAGGAUGCAGUCAUCAUGCACGUCGGCCCGCUGUCGGACGACAAGCUUUUGGCCAACGCCAUGACGGCGACUAAGAACGGCGACUACGACGCGGCGCUGCGGCUGUUCCAGGACGAGAUCUCGAGCUCGCUUCACGGCGAGGCGCGGUACUGGAUCCAGUACGCCAAGCUGCACGAGGCGCGUGGCUCGUACGACGCGGUCAUUGCAACGUACGAGGCCGCGCUCGAGGCGUGUGCCAAGCCCGACGCCGAGCUUCAGGCUGGACUGCAGGCAUUCUGCGGGCGCGCCCACCAGGCCAAGCUCGCGGCGGCGACGGCGUCGACAACCAUGUCGAUGCCGGUCACUCCGCGCAAGUUUACCAAGCUUGCACAGGCUAUUUCGCAGAUUGCCGCGGACACGAUCGAGGUUGCCGAGUCGAUGGCCGAGCUCGAGGCCGCGACAGCGCUUCCGCCGUCGCCCGACGCGCUGCCUGCACCGGCCGCGCUUGACGAGGCCGAGUCGGAUCCGCUUGCCUCGCCACCAGCCCUAGUCCUCUCCCGGUCGUUCCACGCUUCGCUGACCAAGAAGCCGCAGACGCCCAGCACGGCGGCUGCGCGUCGGGCCGAGGCUGCCGGCGCCGGCGAUGACUCGCCGCUGACGGCAGCCAUCAAGCGGCAUCAGCCGCGCUCUGAGCGGGCGACUGGCGGUGUUGGCUUUUCCUCCCCCGACGCAACGGCACGUACCUCGGUUGUGAUCAUGACGCCGGUCCGUGCCCCCUCGCAUCUCGGCGACGGCAUGGUCCUCACCCCCGCGCGCCGCUCGACUCGCGCCACAAAGUCGGCCCACAAGCGCCCAGUCACGUCGGCCACGCUUGCCGACACUGGCUACGCGUACGCGCCCAACCCCAAUCUGGAGGUCGGUGACCUACCGGUGGCCGGCACCGUGACGCCGAUGACCAAGCGGCACCAUCGGGCGGUGACCACAAGCAAGAAGGCCGUCUCCUUUGCCCGCACCCUCACCGAGGUCAAAGAGUACAACGUCGUCUCGCCGCUCUUUGCCAAGGGCUCGCCAGCGCCGGUCAUGGCUCCGCUCAGCGACGAGGCCGACGCGGCUGACGAGGCCGAGGAGGCCGAGGAGGCUGAGGCCAAGCCCUCGCUGCCGCCCGCGCGUGUUACGCGGUCACGGUCGCGGUCGCAGACCCGUGUCGUGCCGGUGGGUAGCGACGCCGACCAGCACGCACACAACGGCGAGGCGGCCGAUGAUGAUGAGGCGGUCGACAGCGACGUUGACUCGCCGUCGUCGCGCCCGCGGUCGCGGUCGCGGUCACAGACGCGAUCGCGGUCGCAGACACGGUCGCGGUCACAGACGCGUUCGCGGACGACGCGGUCGCGGUCACGGUCGGCUGCGGCUGAAGAGCCGGUCACGCCCUCGCGCCGCUCGGCCCGGCUCGCGAGCAAGACCGCCACGCCGGUCGCGACCGAGGGCGCCGAUGACGGCCUUGCUCGGAGCCUGUUCUGA